AUGGGCGAGCCAGAGGAACCAUUGUUUCCCGCUUCGGCCUUCCAGCCGCCUUCACCUUCACAGGACAGUGGAAAUACAGCAGUGCAGGAGGCGCCGGCAGAGCCUCCUGCUGCGGCGCUGACGUUUGAGGAGGCGAAAGUCCGAAAACGGAAAGAGAAAAUGCGAGAGUUCAGAAAAUAUCUGGUCGAUACGCACGUCGUCGAUGCGCUUGCCAAGCUGCUCAUUGCACUGUAUGAAGCUGAGGACCGACCGGCGCGACCUCAAGAAUAUUUUGUCGACUACUUUGGGGAGUACAGGGAUCCUGUGUUGGAUGAGAUUGAGGAGCUAACAAAACUGAAGAACGAGCUCACUUCCUCUAACAUGCAACUGCUUGAAAAACAAGAAGAGCUUCGCGACGCAAUUGUUCUGGUCACUCAGCAGCGCAUGCGCCAGAAAAUCUGGACAGCGAUCUCUCGAGAGGCAGAGCGCAUGACGAGCCUCCAAGUGUACCAAAGGCUCUGCGACAAAAAGAAACCAAAGACCACGCUGAAGGCUCACACAUUCAACAAAUCGCAGUUCCUCCGAUUCCUGGCUGUGAGCACUCCACAGGACUGGCAAACCCGGAUUCUGUCAGCCCUCUAUCCGCAAGGGGAUAAUUUCGAGUGUGCCACAGGCGCUCCGUUCAAAGCAGACCCCGACAACGAUCUUGUGAGUUUGUUUGUGGAAGCGAACAACAUGUAUGACACGAAGGCCACCGACGUGUGA